GAGAACUCACCAGCAGGAUUCAUCCGAACAUCACCAUGACGCAGAUUUUUUCUUUGACUCUCAUCUGGGCACUCUACAGCACAGCUGGAGCCCUGACAUGUAUGACCUGCACAGAUCAGUCAUGUUCAAGCACAACAUCACUAACAUGUAGCUCAGAGACGAUGUGCAUAACAGCUACCAUACGAGCUACUCAACCUGGAACUUCAGUAACACAGCUCUACAAAGCCUGUGCAGCUUCCUCUCUGUGUCCGGCUACAGGCUCCUCAACAUUUUCAGUCAACUUGGGAUCCCAAAGUGCAAUUGCAUCUGCUCAGUGCUGCAACACAGACAACUGCAACUCACAGACUCUGCCUGCCCCUACUACUCCGGCUGCAAACUCCCUGCAGUGCAUCGUUUGUGACCCCACAACAUCUCAGUGCACCACUCCAGUUACCUGUUCAGGAGUUGAGACCAACUGCAUCUCAGCAACUUUGAAUGACGGAAAAAACACAUUUCCUGCACUGGGUUGUGCAUCACCAAACACCUGUACAGCUGCUUCAAAUCUGGGAAGUUUGCCAUUCAUGAAGAGUGUUGGUUCAAUCACAAGUGGACCAACAUGCUGUACAGGCAGUUUGUGCAAUAAUCCAAGUACAACCACCACAGCUGCACCAACCACUACAACCACCACAGCUGCACCAACCACUACAACCACCACAGCUGCACCAACCACUACAACCACUACAACCACCACAGCUGCACCAACCACUACAACCACCACAGCUGCACCAACCACUACAACCACCACAGCUGCACCAACCACUACAACCACUACAACCACCACAGCUGCACCAACUACUACCACCACUACAACCACCACAGCUGCACCAACUACUACCACCACUACAACCACCACAACCAGUGGUGCCUUUAGCUUCAGACUUGGCUUUCUUCACUUGCUGUUUGUUUGUCUUUAUCUUUUAAUUAUCUAAAGAUAAAUCAGAGAUGUUGCAUUUGAAACAAAAUUAGAAGAAUAUGUACAUACCACUUUUAACUUGGAUUUUAGGUAUUCAUUAGUAUAUUAUAUAUGGGAUAUUAAUUUAUUUUUCAAGUUGAAUAAUAAUGUAUGAAUUUAUUUUGCAUUGAUCUGACUCUUGUAUUUAAAUCUAACAAAAGAUAAAAUAUUAUUUCUCAAUAAUGUAUUCUUUUAAAUUCUUUAAAUGGUUUCCUUGUGCUUUUUAAUGUCUCAUGUUAAAUGAACCUCAAUAAAUAUGAAAAAAUGGAAAUACAAAUUCAUAGACGUUUUUGCACCAAAUCAUAUUUAAACUUAGGAUUUUGAAAUUUUACUUCAUUUUCUCAAUUAAACAAAAUUUUAUGGCACUGACCUCUAUUAAUUAAUUUUUCCCUCCCAACUUUCAGUGAAACCAGUGGAAAAAACAUUUUUGUUCAAUAGCAACAGUUCUUAAUUGUGUUAAAAUGCUUAAAGGGAUAUUUUGUGCAUAAGGCCAGUUUAUAGCACAAAUAAGUGAUCUUUUACGGUAUUGUCCUAUGCAUAUCGUUUAUUCUUUGCUGAUCAUUUUGUUGAUUAUCAAACAAUAAUCAUGUUCUGUUACUUUGUAUUUUUGUGUUUUUAUUGUGUAAAGCAUUUUACAAUGCACUGAUACUGAACUAUGCUUUACAAAUAUUUGAUUUUAUCUCUAGUUUUAUCAUUAUAUUUUGCAACAUCAGAGAAGUUUAUUGCGUAAUUUUCACAAGUUGUUGAAUCAUGUUUAAAGUGCAGUCAUGGUUGGUCACUCCCCAUGUUAGGGACAUUGGACUAGGAAGUAGUUCCUGUGAUGAACUCAGUAAAUGUGCAGAAACACCAACUGCAGUUCUGGAACAGAGUAAAAGUGUGACUGUGGAACAGGUCACAAAAAUAAUAUACAGACAUAUCUUCAGUGAUUUGCUUUAUGUAGUGCUCUCUUACUCUCUCUAUACACUGCUCAAAAAAAUAA